GAGCGCUUGGAGCCACCGCGAGGAGGGGCGCACGACACCCUCCCAGGUGCCAAGGGAACCACGCUCGAUUUUUCAGGGAAGCAGCUCCGGGUUGCAGGGCUGGGCGGCAGGAAUGUCCCCUCCCGUCUGCAAACUUUCCGAGGCUGCAGCGGAAGCAGGAACUUGCUAACCACAAAUCAGCUGGGCGGGUGAAGAAGCUGCGGAGCGUCCUCUGCAGCCCUCGCCAAGCUCUUCCCGUGGGUCCUCUGGUCCUUCGCCGUAACGCCCUACGGAGCUGUCCUCGCAUUCGGAGGGCAACAGAGGUCCUCUUGCCGUCAGGUAAGGGCGACUCCGCCCUCCCCCCAGACCGGCAGCUGACAGCGUUGUCACCUGCUGGAAGAUCUGCACUCCGCCUUUCUUGGGGCCGAGACUCCUCGACGCGUAGAAAGCAAUCCCAUCACCUGUGCAAUCUUCUUGAAGCAAACUAAGACCAGAGGGAUGAUCACACGUGACCUUUGAAGAUCAAGAGUAAAUCGAAAUUUAAAAUGCUUUUCAGGGAAGAACGAAGGUUGACUUACACUUUUCUAAUAAUUUGUUUCCUGACACUGAGGCUGUGCACCAGUCAGAACUGCCCCACCAAGAGUCUAGAAGAUGUUGUCAUUGACAUCCAGUCAUCUCUUUCGAAGGGAAUCAGAGGCAAUGAGCCCAUAUACACAUUAACUCAAAAAGACUGCAUUAAUUCUUGCUGUUCAACAAAAAACAUAUCAGGGGACAAAGCAUGUAACUUGAUGAUCUUUGACACUCGAAAAACGACUAGACAACCCAACUGCUACCUAUUUUUCUGUCCCAGUGAGGAAGCCUGUCCAUUGAAGCCUGCGAAGGGACUCAUGAGUUACAGGAUAAUUAGAGAUUUUCCACCUUUGACCAGAACUGACUUGCCACGUCAAGAGCUAGCCCAAGAAGAUUCUCUCUUACUUGACCGGUCUUCACAAGCAGCCGCUUCCACACCCUCUCAUCUGACAGCUCAUUCAAAGCCCCCUGAUACUUUCUGGAAAGAUAGAGUUUCUCAGAAGUUUGGGUCCUCAGAUCACUUGGAGAAAGUAUUCAAGAUUGAUCAAACGAGUACACAGCUUCCUGUUUAUGAAGAAAAAGGCCAAUCUCAGAGUUCACAGUUUUCCCCAAAACAAAAAAUAGUUCAUCUGCUUCUUGAAAAUGUGACUGUCUUCCCAACUACAGAGGCUGCUGUUUCUCCACCUACCGUCUUCGUUACUCCAAACCCUACAGUUCUCCAACCCACCAUCCCUUCCAUGAGACCUGCUCUAACUUCUCAACCACAGCUGGUCACUGCACCGCCACCUGUUACGACCAUUACUUCUCAGCCUCCAAUCCUUGUUUCUACAAAUCUUACACAAGCUAUGAUUCCACGCCAAGCCAGCAUGACUACAACAGCAGUUCCAACUACCCCCUUUCAGGCACCUAAAGACUUGAAAGUCACCUCGGAAGUGGUGCCUUCUAGAGAAAUGUCUAACCUGCCUUUGAACGUUGGGGAUGCACGGAACUUCACUACACUUCCUCGAUCAAAUGUGGAUUCCUCUUUUGCAAAUAAAACUGCUGCCCAGGAAAAUGGGAAGGGCAGCCCAGGCAGUUCCUCACAGAACAACGUUCCACAAAGUCAGUCUGGCUUUCCCUUUGAAAAGUGGCUCCUCAUGGGGACGCUGCUGUUUGGUGUCCUGUUCCUGGUGAUAGGCCUUGGCCUCUUGGGUAGAAUGCUCUCAGAAUCCCUCCGCAGGAAACGUUACUCUCGACUAGAUUAUUUGAUCAACGGGAUCUACGUUGACAUCUAAGGACGAACCUAGAUGUCUCUUAACUUGUUUAGUAACUAGUAGAGCAAAUGCAUGCUUUCUGCUAACUCACUAAUCUUAGCAGGAUGUUGUAUUUUGAAGGCAGGAAAAUUCCCCCUACCACUUUCUUUGUUUUUCGAGGAUGAGGGGGAGAAAGAACCAAAUCAGGUAAUAUGGAUGAUCUGUGUCUAAAAUUUUAGCUAAAAACAAAGCUCUACCUAAAGUAAUAAAGUAAAUUGCCUUAUAAAAUGAAGACUCAACUGGCUGUAUGCGAGGGAAAAUGGUUAUGAUUUCUAGGUUCGUUAAUAUUUCUGGUUCCAGAUAAAGUCAAUUGUUUAUGAUGUUAGUUCUAGUGGAUUCACUUUCCUUUUAUAUGAAUUCCAAUAAAACUUAUUCCAGAUGUAUUUCCUUCCAAUUAAAUAUUUGAAUAAUUCUUUUGUUAUUCAGCAAUGUUCUUGAGGGUGACAUGUCCAGCUGGAUAACUUUCAAUUAAUUCCCACCAGCAAAAUGAUUAAAAUGAUGAAAAUACGUGCUUCAAGCUUAAAUGACAAAUAACCCCCCUUUUUCCCAUCAGUGAGCAAAGAGGUUCCUUUGGGAGAAUUCUAAAAGAAUUCUAGCCCACAUAGAGACGGUAAGUCAAUUCUGAUAAAUAGGCAAAUCCCUUUCGGGUCUGUUCUAGUUAACUUUUUUUUUUUUUUUAAAUAAUAUAAUAUUGUAUGAGCCUGCUUAUUUGAAAUAUCUAGACUAGGCAAAUGCAUUGAGACAAAAGCUUAUUGGGGUUACCAGGGGCUUGGGAGGAGGGAGGAAUGGGGAGUUACUGCUGAAGGGGCACUGAGUUUCUGUCUGGGGUUAGGAAGAACUUUUAGAAAUAGAUACUGGUGAUAGUUGCACAACAUGGUGACUGUCAUUAAUGUCAUUGAAUUGUACACUUAAAAAUAGUUAAAAUUAGUGAAGAUGAGAAGGUCGGGGGACGGGGAAACUAGAUUAAUGGAAAUGGAACAACCAGAACAGGAAUAACAAGAAUGUGUAUGAAUUGUGAAGAAUGUAACCAAAGUCACUGAACAAUUCGUAUAGAAAUUGUUGAAUGGGAACCUAAACUGCGGUGUACACCUUCACUGGAAACACAAUAAAAUAUUAUUUAAAAAUAAAAAGACAACCUAGAAAGUAAAUCCAGAGCUUCCACCUGAUAAUUUAGUGAAGUCAAAUGCA